UUUAUCUUUCUCUAUUUUUGUCUGUCUUUGUCCAUCUUUGUCUGUCUUUGUCCAUCUUUGUCCAUCUUUGUUUAUCUUUCUUUAUCUUUGUCCGUCUUUGUCCAUCUUUGUCUAUCUUUGUCUGUCUUUGUCCAUCUUUGUCCAUCUUUGUCCAUCUUUGUUUAUCUUUCUUUAUCUUUGUCCGUCUUUGUCCAUCUUUGUUUAUCUUUCUCUAUCUUUGUCCGUCUUUGUCUAUCUUUGUUUAUCUUUGUUUAUCUUUCUCUAUCUUUGUCUAUCUUUGUUUAUCUUUGUUUAUCUUUGUCUAUCUUUGUCCAUCUUUGUCUAUCUUUGUCUAUCUUUGUUUAUCUUUCUCUAUCUUUGUCCGUCUUUGUCUAUCUUUGUUUAUCUUUCCCACUUCCAUUUUGUCCACCAAACAAUUGUCCAAAGUUGUGUGAAAGAGCUGCAAAUAUUUCUAUGAAUAUGAUUAGCGAUGUCUGCUUGCAACACUCUGAGGACCAAGUCAGGGCGCACGCAAAUCACCUCCAAUAUUUUGGUCUUAUUAGCUUUAGCAUGCUGGCUGGAGUCGUACGUCAGGCCGCUAGCUUAGUGCCAACCGCCGUUCUCUUUGGCCUCUUCCCUCCGGCGGACGCGAGCGAUGCCUCAUCCAUUAGCGGGCGGGGGAGGGGAGCACGUUUGCCGCGAGGUGUCACUUACGCCGGACAACAACCAGUCGGGCCGUCCCAAAGGUCCGGUCGGGCCGCAUCGUAUGCACUCCGGCGAUCCGAGCUAAAAGUCUACGUGUGGUCACGCGACAUUCCUUUGGCGGCCUUUACGUAAGAAGGAUGAAUACUUUACAUUCACCCAGGCGGGAUUAUGUUGGGGAGAAAGAUCCGGAAAGGCGGCGUGUCGACUCAGCGCUGCCGUCAGCCAAUUAGCUUCAAUUGAUGUUUGCUGCUGCGACGGGAUAACGAGGAGGAAUUCUAACUUGUCCUUUUGUCUUCUAAAAUCACUUUUUCCAGUCCUCGUUGGGACACAAAAGAGAAGAAGUGGCGUACAAGGUUUAAAUGUCCACUUUAUUUCAUGCAGACCGGGGAUUUGGUACCGCAAUUCAUGGAAAUACUGGGUCAUGUGACCCCGGCCGCCGCGUCUGCUUGCUAGCCACAAAAGAUUAUUAUUGGUAGUACUAGUACUAGUACUAGUACUAGAUAUGCUGGGAGCUUUCACAUCAUAUACAAUAUUUCAUCUUUGGUGAUUUUUACUGUGUUUUCCUCAAAUAUUUACACUUUCUUCCAAAAAUACUUCCUGUCAUAGUAUUCCCAGAUUAUUCUGACUUGAUUCCCAUCAUAUUCAUCAUAUUUUCCACAACCUAAUUUUCCAAAAAUGUCAACUUUCUUUUUUUGUUUGUUUCUCAUAAUAUUACUACUUUGAGGAAGUACAUUUUUGACAUAAUAUUUCAACUCUAUUCUAUUCUAUUUCAACUAUAAUUCAACUAUUUGACUGCUCAAUGCCAAAUAAGCUAAGAUUGACGUCUCAGAGUACUCAUUCCUCCAGUAAGUACUGCAAUAUAAGACUAAAGUCCAGGGUGGAGCCUUACUUAUGUAUAUAGAAUAACCAAAAAACUCAACAUAAACACCUAAUAUUAACAACUGUGCUGCAAAGCAUGAUGGGACAUUGUUGGAGACUGAUUAGGCAUACCUACUGCUACCCCAAUGACGUCAAAGUAUGGUUGGUUCAAUUUCCGAUUUGAGCCAAUUUACUCUUACUUUCAUUCUAUAUUUGAGCAUAUUUCCACUGCAUUUCAGUCCAGCUUCAGCUUCCAAAUGACUAAAUUUAGAUUUUCGCACCUUUUCAAAGCAUCGCAGUUCUCUUAAUAUUUGGACUUCUUGCCCUGUGAUUAUAUCCUUAUUUAUUGGCCCCGGGCCACAAAUGGCCCCCAAGCCGCACUCUCGACGCCUCUGCUGUAUUGUACUGAGCAGCCAGGACAGUCGUGCACCUUUUUUUUUCCAAACUUGGGCAGAUGAAAAUGUCCUUAUUUUCACAUCCCUUCCAUCCUUAUUUGUAUUCUCCAAUAUGUCACCUCUCUCUCUCUCUCUCGCUUUUAUGCAGAGUGCAGCCGACGUAAUGACUUUAAAUGCACCAAAAAACACUUUGCACCUCAGUCUUGUCUGCAUUUAAUGAUAUUUCUUGGGAACAGUUUGCCACAUCAAGUUGGACCGUGUUGAUUUUUAAAGUGAAAAGCCCCCGCUUUAUAUUUUUUGAUUGAUAGUAUAGAUUUUUUAUUCUAUUGUUUAUUUAUCAUACCAUGUUAGCCCUGUUAUCUUGUGGAAAUGAAAGUCAAUUCUUCCGAAAGUCCUGCAUUUUUAGAAAGUUGUAAACAGGUUUUCUAUGUCUUAUUUUCUCUUAUGUAGUCUACCAUAUUGGGUAAUACGAGUGCCAAGGUGACUAUAGGGGUGUUAUUUCAUGUUUAGAGGGCUCUAAUCAUGUUGAAAAGCAUAUUUAGAAGGUUGUCAACAAGUUUUCUAUGUCUUAUUUUCUCUUAUUUAGUCUACCAUAUUGGGUAAUAGGAGUGUAUAGGUGACUAUAGGGGUGUUAUUUCAUGUCUAGAGGGCUCUAAUCAUGUUGAAAAGCAUAUUUAGAAGGUUGUCAACAGGUUUUCUAUGUCUUAUUUUCUCUUAUUUAGUCUAUCAUAUUGGGUAGUACGAGUGCCAAGGUGACUAUGGGGUGUUGUUUCAUGUUUAGAGGGCUCUAAUCAUGUUGAAAAGCAUAUUUAGAAGGUUGUAAACAUGUUUUCUAUGUCUUAUUUUCUCUUAUUUAGUCUACCAUAUUGGGUAAUAGGAAUGUAUAGGUGACUAUAGGGGUGUUAUUUCAUGUCUAGACGGCUCUAAUCAUGUUGAAAAGCAUAUUUAGAAGGUUGUAAACAGGUUUUCUAUGUCUUAUUUUCUCUUAUUUAGUCUACCAUAUUGGGUAAUAGGAGUGCCAAGGUGACUAUGGGGGUGUUAUUUCAUGUCUAGAGGGCUCUAAUCAUGUUGAAAAGCAUAUUUAGAAGGUUGUAAACUUGUUUUCUAUGUCUUAUUUUCUCUUAUUUAGUCUACCAUAUUGGGUAAUAGGAGUGUAUAGGUGACUAUAGGGGUGUUAUUUCAUGUCUAGAGGGCUCUAAUCAUGUUGAAAAGCAUAUUUAGAAGGUUGUCAACAAGUUUUCUAUGUCUUAUUUUCUCUUAUUUAGUCUACCAUAUUGGGUAAUAGGAGUGUAUAGGUGACUAUAGGGGUGUUAUUUCAUGUCUAGAGGGCUCUAAUCAUGUUGAAAAGCAUAUUUAGAAGGUUGUCAACAAGUUUUCUAUGUCUUAUUUUCUCUUAUUUAGUCUACCAUAUUGGGUAAUAGGAGUGUAUAGGUGACUAUAGGGGUGUUAUUUCAUGUCUAGAGGGCUCUAAUCAUGUUGAAAAGCAUAUUUAGAAGGUUGUCAACGGGUUUUCUAUGUCUUAUUUUCUCUUAUUUAGUCUACCAUAUUGGGUAAUAGUAGUGUAUAGGUGACUAUAGGGGUGUUAUUUCAUGUCUAGAGGGCUCUAAUCAUGUUGAAAAGCAUAUUUAGAAGGUUGUCAACAGGUUUUCUAUGUCUUAUUUUCUCUUAUUUAGUCUACCAUAUUGGGUAAUACGAGUGCCAAGGUGACUAUGGGGGUGUUAUUUCGUGUUUAGAGGGCUCUAAUCAUGUUGAAAAGCAUAUUUAGAAGGUUGUAAACAUGUUUUCUGUCUUAUUUUCUCUUAUUUAGUCUACCAUAUUGGGUAAUACGAGUGCCAAGGUGACUAUGGGGGUGUUAUUUCGUGUUUAGAGGGCUCUAAUCAUGUUGAAAAGCAUAUUUAGAAGGUUGUAAACAGGUUUUCUAUGUCUUAUUUUAUCUUAUUUAGUCUACCAUAUUGGGUAAUAGGCGUGCCAAGGUGACUCUAGGGGUGUUAUUUCAUGUUUAGAGGGCUCUAAUCAUGUUGAAAAGCAUAUUUAGAAGGUUGUAAACAUGUUUUCUGUCUUAUUUUCUCUUAUUUAGUCUACCAUAUUGGGUAAUACGAGUGCCAAGGUGACUAUGGGGUGUUAUUUCAUGUUUAGAGGGCUCUAAUCAUGUUGAAAAGCAUAUUUAGAAGGUUGUAAACAUGUUUUCUGUCUUAUUUUCUCUUAUUUAGUCUACCAUAUUGGGUAAUACGAGUGCCAAGGUGACUAUGGGGCAUUAUUUCAUGUCUAGAGGGCUCUAAUCAUGUUGAAAAGCAUAUUUAGAAGGUUGUAAACAGGUUUUCUAUGUUUUAUUUUCUCUUAUUUAGUCUACCAUAUUGGGUAAUAGGAGUGUAUAGGUGACUAUGGGGCGUUAUUUCAUGUUUAGAGGGCUCUAAUCAUGUUGAAAAGCAUAUUUAGAAGGUUGUAAACAGGUUUUGUAUGUCUUAUUUUCUCUUAUUUAGUCUACCAUAUUGGGUAGUAUGAGUGCCAAGGUGACUAUGGGGGUGUUAUUUCAUGUCUAGAGGGCUCUAAUCAUGUUGAAAAGCAUAUUUAGAAGGUUGUAAACAUGUUUUCUGUCUUAUUUUCUCUUAUUUAGUCUACCAUAUUGGGUAAUAGGAGUGCCAAGGUGACUCUAGGGGUGUUAUUUCAUGUUUAGAGGGCUCUAAUCAUGUUGAAAAGCAUAUUUAGAAGGUUGUAAACUGUAUUUCAUGCUCUGACCACCAAUAUUCCACAAGCGAGUCCUAAAUUCACUCAUCACAGUUGGGUCUGGAACCAAUUAAGCGUGAUAAACGAGGGAUUCUUGUUGUUAUUGUACACGAGUUCUCCUUGCAGUGGUUGCGUUCACCUUUAGAGUUUCCUGGGCUUUUGUCAGCAGCCUCGGCCGGUGUUCUAAUUCUAUUCAGUGGAAUCCCAAAGUGGAGCAUCUUUAGCGGGAGAGAGGAGGAGAGAAAUCCUCUUAUUUCCAGGAUGACGAUUAGCUGAGAUUUUGCGUCCUUUUUCAGGCUCGACAGAAGCAGCGCAGAGACGGUCCUUGAAAUCCAAAGACUAAUAAUCCAAAUAUGACAGGCGACCUCAGCGAACGGCUCCAGGCUUUAAUGAGCUCUGAGAGCACUCCAUCAGCCGGAGACGUUGGUGGUGCACGUUCAUAAAGGUAAUGGACCACCGGUGCAUUUGUGGAGGCUUUUGCACCUCACGGCCGCUUCGGAGGAAAGUUGUUGAUUUUGGGACCGGAGUUAAAAAGUUGGAGUGUUUUUAAAUGACGCCUGCAUACCAGGAGGAUUUAAUGCUCUUAAUGCGGCCGCCGUGUGACGAGCAUAGCAAGCAGUCGGGAUGCGGACGCGCCGCACUCGUUUCUGUGGCAACCUCCUCCGACUCUCCUUUCCCCGUGAUGGCCAAUCAGCUUUCAAGCGUUCCCGGAAGAAAUUAACCAUAUAUAAUGUUUGCUCAAGUAGUUCAUUUGAUUCCGCGUGGAGUUUCCCAGCAUGCCGGAUCCAUCCCGAGCGGCAAAGUCACAUGUUCCUUCUACCGGUCUUCACGCUGAAAGUGGCGCUGACACAGUGGAACUUGGCUUUUCUUGGUUCAUAUCCAACGACUCCAUACCGGCACGUGUCAAUAGAUGAUCAAAGUCAAAUACCUGAUGGGGUGGUCACCAAGUUCUGGUCGCUAAUUAGAACAUUCGCUGCCAGGAAGAGCUCGGUUAUGACAAAGGAAGUUGAAAUGGCGACGAGUCUUACUCUGGCAUGCCGUUUGUCUGGCUGGGGGGUCUGUCGCCAUCGCCAAGGACGGGGUCUCGUUGGUGACGCCGACAUUGUUGUACACAGAUGAUUAGUUAGUGGCAAUAAAUGUGUUAUUUUGUUGGUUCAUAGAAGUAAACAAGUGUCAGAUCUAAAACAAACAAGAUGGCCGCCAGUCACCGUUUCUCUUGGAUUUGCUUCUCUGGACCCUGUAGAGUUGUGGUUCAUGGAGGGAAACAUGAAUGCUAGCAUGAACUCUGACACCACAAAACAAAACGGCUCUGCUGCCAAGAAUGGUGGUGAUAGAGUGCAUGAGUGCCGCCAGCAUUGGGGAGCUGCGGUUCAUAGAAGGAAACGUGAAUGCUAGCAUGAACUCUGACACCGCAAAACAAAACGGCUCUGCUGCCAAGAAUGGUGGUGAUAGAGUGCACGAGUGCCGCCAGCAUUGGGGAGUUGUGGUUCAUAGAGGGAAACAUGAAUGCUAGCAUGAGCUCUGACACCACAAAACAAAACGGCUCUGCUGCCAAGAAUGGUGGUGAUAGUAGAGUGCACGAGUGCCACCAGCAUUGGGGAGUUGUGGUUCAUAGAGGGAAACAUGAAUGCUAGCAUGAACUCUGACACCGCUAAACAAAACUGGGCUGCUGCCAAGAAUGGUGGUGAUAGUAGAGUGCACGAGUGCCGCCAGCAUUGGGGAGUUGUGGUUCAUAGAGGGAAACAUGAAUGCUAGCAUGAACUCUGACACCGCAAAACAAAACGGGACUGCUGCCAAGAAUGGUGAUGAUAGUAGAGUGCACGAGUGCCGCCAGCAUUGGGGAGCUGUGGUUCACUGAGGGGAAAACAAAGUGAGCAGCAACAUAAUUGAGCCUUAGCUGCCGUCGUGCGUGGUGGUGGUGGUCUGGGGUUGAGGCACGAGUGCCGCCAGCAUUGGGGAGUUGUGGUUCAUAGAGGGAAGAUGAAUGCUAGCAUGAACUCUGACACCGCAAAACAAAACGGCUCUGCUGCCAAGAAUGGUGGUGAUAGAGUGCACGAGUGCCGCCAGCAUUGGGGAGCUGUGGUUCACUGAGGGGAAAACAAAGUGAGCAGCAACAUAAUUGAGCCUUAGCUGCCGUCGUGCGUGGUGGUGGUGGUCUGGGGUUGAGGCACGAGUGCCGCCAGCAUUGGGGAGUUGUGGUUCAUAGAAGGAAACGUGAAUGCUAGCAUGAACUCUGACACCGCAAAACAAAACGGCUCUGCUGCCAAGAAUGGUGGUGAUAGAGUGCACGAGUGCCGCCAGCAUUGGGGAGUUGUGGUUCAUAGAGGGAAACAUGAAUGCUAGCAUGAGCUCUGACACCACAAAACAAAACGGCUCUGCUGCCAAGAAUGGUGGUGAUAGUAGAGUGCACGAGUGCCACCAGCAUUGGGGAGUUGUGGUUCAUAGAGGGAAACAUGAAUGCUAGCAUGAACUCUGACACCGCUAAACAAAACUGGGCUGCUGCCAAGAAUGGUGGUGAUAGUAGAGUGCACGAGUGCCGCCAGCAUUGGGGAGUUGUGGUUCAUAGAGGGAAACAUGAAUGCUAGCAUGAACUCUGACACCGCAAAACAAAACGGGACUGCUGCCAAGAAUGGUGGUGAUAGUAGAGUGCACGAGUGCCGCCAGCAUUGGGGAGCUGUGGUUCACUGAGGGGAAAACAAAGUGAGCAGCAACAUAAUUGAGCCUUAGCUGCCGUCGUGCGUGGUGGUGGUGGUCUGGGGUUGAGGCACGAGUGCCGCCAGCAUUGGGGAGUUGUGGUUCAUAGAGGGAAGAUGAAUGCUAGCAUGAACUCUGACACCGCAAAACAAAACGGCUCUGCUGCCAAGAAUGGUGGUGAUAGAGUGCACGAGUGCCGCCAGCAUUGGGGAGCUGUGGUUCACUGAGGGGAAAACAAAGUGAGCAGCAACAUAAUUGAGCCUUAGCUGCCGUCGUGCGUGGUGGUGGUGGUCUGGGGUUGAGGCACGAGUGCCGCCAGCAUUGGGGAGUUGUGGUUCAUAUAGGGAAACAUGAAUGCUAGCAUGAACUCUGACACCGCAAAACAAAACGGGGCUGCUACCAAGAAUGGUGGUGAUAGUAGAGUGCACGAGUGCCGCCAGUAUUGGGGAGCUGCGGUUCACUGAGGGGAAAACAAAGUGAGCAGCAACAUAAUUGAGCCUCAGCUGCCGUCGUGCAUGGUGGUGGUGGUGGUCUGGGGUUGAGGCACGAGUGCCGCCAGCAUUGGGGAGUUGUGGUUCAUAUCGGGAAACAUGAAUGCUAGCAUGAACUCUGACACCGCAAAACAAAACGGCUCUGCUGCCAAGAAUGGUGGUGAUAGAGUGCACGACUGCCGCCAGCAUUGGGGAGCUGCGGUUCACUGAGGGGAAAACAAAGUGAGCAGCAACAUAAUUGAGCCUUAGCUGCCGUCGUGCGUGGUGGUCUGGGGUUGAGGCACGAGUGCCGCCAGCAUUGGGGAGCUGUGGUUCACUGAGGGGAAAACAAAGUGAGCAGCAACAUAAUUGAGCCUUAGCUGCCGUCGUGCGUGGUGGUGGUGGUCUGGGGUUGAGGCACGAGUGCCGCCAGCAUUGGGGAGUUGUGGUUCAUAGAGGGAAGAUGAAUGCUAGCAUGAACUCUGACACCGCAAAACAAAACGGCUCUGCUGCCAAGAAUGGUGGUGAUAGAGUGCACGAGUGCCGCCAGCAUUGGGGAGCUGUGGUUCACUGAGGGGAAAACAAAGUGAGCAGCAACAUAAUUGAGCCUUAGCUGCCGUCGUGCGUGGUGGUGGUGGUCUGGGGUUGAGGCACGAGUGCCGCCAGCAUUGGGGAGUUGUGGUUCAUAUAGGGAAACAUGAAUGCUAGCAUGAACUCUGACACCGCAAAACAAAACGGGGCUGCUACCAAGAAUGGUGGUGAUAGUAGAGUGCACGAGUGCCGCCAGUAUUGGGGAGCUGUGGUUCACUGAGGGGAAAACAAAGUGAGCAGCAACAUAAUUGAGCCUCAGCUGCCGUCGUGCAUGGUGGUGGUGGUGGUCUGGGGUUGAGGCACGAGUGCCGCCAGCAUUGGGGAGUUGUGGUUCAUAGAGGGAAACAUGAAUGCUAGCAUGAACUCUGACACCGCUAAACAAAACUGGGCUGCUGCCAAGAAUGGUGGUGAUAGAGUGCACGAGUGCCGCCAGCAUUGGGGAGCUGCGGUUCACUGAGGGGAAAACAAAGUGAGCAGCAACAUAAUUGAGCCUUAGCUGCCGUCGUGCGUGGUGGUCUGGGGUUGAGGCACGAGUGCCGCCAGCAUUGGGGAGUUGUGGUUCAUAGAGGGAAACAUGAAUGCUAGCAUGAACUCUGACACCGCUAAACAAAACUGGGCUGCUGCCAAGAAUGGUGGUGAUAGAGUGCACGAGUGCCGCCAGCAUUGGGGAGCUGCGGUUCACUGAGGGGAAAACAAAGUGAGCAGCAACAUAAUUGAGCCUUAGCUGCCGUCGUGCAUGGUGGUGGUGGUGGUCUGGUGUUGAGGCACGAGUGCAUCCAGCACUGGACUGCUGUGGUUCAUAGAGAUGGAAAGAUGAAUUCCAGCAUGUUUUGUGACACGGUGAAGCAGAACCCGGGCCCAUAUUGAAGAGAGAGCAUAGAGAGCGUUGCGGUGUGUUCAGGUGCCAUCCGUCAGCGUGGGAAUAGUGGGAGGUGCUUUAAGCAGCACUCGUUCAUUCAUUCAUGAAGGACUUUGCUGCUUUAAGUGGGUGUUCAGGUUUAAUGAGAUCACAUGAGAGACAAGGUCUUCCUGCGGGUGACAUGGACAAAAAAAAAAGGUUUGCUGAAAGCGUGAAUUCCCGUGACAUUUAAAUGCAUCCCGGAUUUGUGCUCAUCCCCUCGACGGCAGAGUUGGUCAUCCGAGGUAAUUGAAGUUUGGGCAUCCGUGGUGCAAACACUAACCUUUUAUUUCCAUCAACGGGAGUCCUCUCAAGCUGGCGUGGGGGUGUCCAAAGUGCGGCACGGGGCUGGUAUCUGAUUGGCCGGCGGAACGGAAACGGGAAUCAUACUGUGAAAAUAAAUCUUAAUUUCGUGUCCCCAAGUUGGAAUACGUCUAAUAUGGGAGGCGCACAAAACAGCAAAUAAAGUUGUCAUUUUUGGAAAACUAGCUUGUGGAAAAAGUUCUGCUACGGGAAGUUCAAGUAUUACGGGAAUAACGUCAUCAUUAGGAGAAAAAAAAGUUGAACUAAUUGGAAAAUCCAAAAACAACAUCAGCAGAUCUGGAAAAAACCCAUCUGGAAUUCCACAAGAAAAAAGAAUGAACUUUUAGUUUUCCAUCCAACGUCCGACCUGCAGUCAUUUGACAGGAAGGAAGUCUCAAUUUGCUGAGAAUAAAUAAUAUAAAUAUAAAUAUGAAUAUUAUGACGCAAUAUAAUAAUCCUAAUUCGGAGUUCCCUAAAGUAGAAUAUUUGAAAUAAAGGAGGUUACGAGAGCAACAUCGGCCUUCCUGGGCUGGCGUGACAUUCCAUCUGACCCCGUCCGUGAUUGGCUGAUUAUCCCGAGCUUAAGUUGGGGGGUUUCGGGGGGGUCGGGGGGGGGCACAGUGUGGAGAAUGUGAAGUUGCACAGAAGACGAAGAAGGAAGGAGGAAGAAGGAGGAAGGAAUGGUCAUGGCCCAGAAAAAGGAGGUCCAGCUCUCCAUUCGGGAGUACCGACCCUCGGAUCAGCGCGCCGUCGCCGAGCUGUUCCGUGACGGUGUCCGCGAGAACAUCUACCCGGCCUUCUUCCAGGCCAUGAGCCACCCGGACCACAUGGGCGUGGCCCUGAGCCUCUCCGUGGCGGGCUACGUGCUCGGGGGAAGCUCCUACUUCCAGGCGCUGCUCUUCGGGGCGGCGUGGGCGGGGCUCAUCUACUUCUGCUGCCACGAGAUCUACGAGGGCUACCUGGCCAGGAGGCUGGGCGCAGACAUGGCCGACAUCCCCGCCAACUACCUGGACAACCCGGAUAACGGAUUCUGGGUGGCGGAGGCGGACGGGAGGCUGGUGGGCGUGGUUGCCGUGGUGGGGCGAAGGGGAGGGGACAACGCUAACGGCGGCGUGGCGAUGGGGGCGGUGGAGGACGGAAGCGGGGCCGGCGGCGAGCUGUCCCACGUGGUGGUGGCGUUCCCGUGGCGCCGCAGGAACACGGGCUCCCGGCUGACCCAGCACGCUUUUGACUUCUGCAAGGAGCGGGGCUUCGCUCGCCUCGUCCUGGACGUCAGCUCGCCGCAGGCGGGCGCCGCCUCCCUGCUUCGGAAGAUGGGCUUCGUUCAAACGGCGUCGCACGGCGCCACGCACGCCAACCGCUGGAUCGCCAGCCUGGCCAGGAUCACCGUGACCCGCAUGGAGAAAGUCCUCUGACCGCGUCGCACGACCGUCACUUCCUGUUGCCGCACGUUGACUGUUCUCCGCUCUGAUUGACACCGCGCCUCCAUGAAUGGUAGGCUCCGCCUGGAGAAAUAAACGCCAGACCUCAAAUAGCCGCCUCCUUUCUUGCCCGGACAAGACGCAGCCACACGGGAACUUCCUCUUUAUUACUGGCAUGGGAAUGACAUCUUAACAAAAAGUAGAAUCUUUACAAAUAUAUCAAAUUACAAUUAUUGCCAGUUUUUAUUUGGAAAUAUUAUUUCAUAAAACAAAUCUUAAAAACGCUUAAUAUGACCAAAAAGGUUGCAAUCUUACAUUUACUCACCAAAAAAGUAUGUAACAUCACAAUAUUAAGAUUUUACUCUCACAAAAUGUGCAAAAAAUUUUGAUUUUUUAAAAAUUUAAUUUUCAUUUCAACUUUAAAAAUGUUUUUUUUUUAUUAAAAUUGUUUCUUAAAUUCAUUUUUGAAGCACAGAAAAAAGAAAAAAACAUUAACUUGUAAAAAAGUAUCAAUUGUAUGGUUUAAGGGCGGCACGGUGGUCGAGUGGUUAGCGCGCAGACCUCACAGCUAGGAGACCAGGGUUCAAUUCCACCCUUCACCCUCGGCCAUCUCUGUGUGGAGUUUGCAUGCGUGGGUUUUCUCCGGGUACUCCGGUUUCCUCCCACAUUCCAAAAACAUGCUAGGUUAAUUAGCCACUCCAAAUUGUCCAUAGGUAUGAAUGUGAGUGUGAAUGGUUGUUUGUCUAUAUGUGCCCUGUGAUUGGCUGGCCACCAGCUAUCCCAGCUGUCUCGCCCCAAGACAGCUGGGAUAGGCUCCAGCACCCCCGCGACCCUUGUGAGGAAAAGCGGCAGAAAAUGAAUGAAUGAAUGGUUUAAUUAGGAAAAGUUCCAGUCAUUGGAGAGGGACUAAUGUGGGACUAAUCCCGGGGCUAUUGUUCUCCAAUUCCAAGACCGGAUAGGACGUCUUGCCGUGGAUUGAGUGGAGUGGCCGCUAGAAGAAGACGCUAGAGUAAGCGUCCGGAUGACUGGGAAUAUUCCCGGCCAUUGUUCCUAAAGGUGUGAGGAAGGAGGGGGAUUUGGAGGUAAGCCUCUUUCCAGGCACAAGCGGAAUCCGUCUACCUCGGAGGAAUUCAUGCCGGCUGACUUCCAAGACCUCAACACUCUUGGCUUCCAAUGCCAAUGAAAAAUGCAACAGUGUCAGGAUCUUGGAUCUUGGAACGUUCUAAUUCUUGGCAGCUGAGAAGACUGCGUGUGUGUGUGUGUGUGUGUGUGUGUGCGUGUGCAUGUGUGUGUGUGCGUGUGCCAUGCUAAGACGAUAAAGAGUACAUUCUCCCGCCAUGCGUAUGCCGGCCAAAUAAGUCCGAUUAGAAGUAAGAGCAAACAAAAGAACCACACAGGAGUGUUUCCAUUCAUGUGACUGUGUGUGUGUGUGUGUGUGUGUGUGUGUGUGUGUGUGUGUGUGUGUGUGUGUGUGCGCCAUAUUGGCUAAUAGCAGCGUGUAGCUAGGUGUCUAUGCAGGUCAAUGCCGUAACCUAUGAGAAUACCGAGGUGACCAAUCAGGGCCCGGUUCGGACCAAACGGCUUUAGUGAGCUCCUGUAUAAAGUUGGUGUCGGGUGAGAGUGGCGUGAUGCUAAAUGCUAUCAUCUGUUGAUGUUUUUCUGUGUAAACGAGCUCGCCCGCUGCAGUGAAGGCACCUUUGAGGUAGUCAACAACGAGCCUGGGAAUGCGGCGUGGAAAGCGUGGAAAAGCUUCAGUGAAAAACUGGUUCCGAUUUCCCAAGUGACGGGCGGCUACAUCCAGGACCCCGACCUACGCAGCCAGGCCGAGCCACCAGGAGCGAGGGGCCACAGAGAGGCAAUCCUGACCACAAACGGGGGCAGGCAACCCGGAAGAGAGGACCCCCCCCCACCCCCCCAAGUGAGAGGCCACACCCCACACCAGAAGGGCACGAGGACCCAUAUCGGUUAGGAGCUGAAGGUCCACCUGGAGGUCCAUCUGAGGACACGCCAGACUUCACUUCCUGUGGCGCUAAAAGGAAGUAGACCGCCGCCAUCCUUCGCCAAAGAUGAGACGACGGCGGUUCCAUGUCUCGGGGAUGUCCACGCCAGCUAGCAUCAACCUGACGUAACGCAGCUCGCUCAGGAAAACAUCCAAAGGUAGCGUUAUUCUAUUUUGAUGGAUACGCUGAGAGCCGGCGUGUCGGGAGCGGUUAGCGUCAUGGCGGCAGCGAGCUGCUUUCAUCUGGGAUCCUUCUCCUCAAACACAAGAAUUCUAUUUCCUUAUCAAUGCUGUCGAGUAGUAGUUGGCACGCAAAGUGCGGCCCGGGGGCCGUUUGCAGCCUGUGGUUUUUUUUAUUGGCACAAAGCAUGCGAUAAAAAUAGAAAUUAUCAUGAAAACUUAAAAAAACAGCAAAAAUGGGAACAUCAGCAAACGUCAUCUAACAAGAAAAAGAACAAUAAUAACAUUUUAGGAGCAUAAUGUUGAAAUUGUAAAGAAAUGUAAUGUUAUGAGGUUAUGGAAAAAGUUCUAUUGUUAUGAGAAGGAAGAUAAAAUGUUAUGGAAAUAAGAAUUACAAAAAAAAAGAAAAAUGAAGCAUGAAAUCCAUCUGAAUAGGUGCAGAUUAUGGAAGAUCUAGAAAGCGUGUAGCUGACCACUCAAUACAAAGGGUGGAAAAUGAGCAGAGUAGGUCCUCUUACGGGGGAAAAAGUCGGGUUCUAACAUGAUUUCAUAUUUUGAGGGAAAGUGAUGUCACUUUUUGUAUAGCAUAGAGUUGAAAUCAUAAAGAAAUACAUCACUAAUCAUACGUUUAAUGUAUGAAUUAGCGUCUUUUUGACUAUGAAUGAAUUGUAAUGUAGGAACAUGUAUAUUGUAUAAGUGUAUUAAAUAUGUCAUCUAGUUAUUAAAAGUGUGCUAACAGUUAGACAGCAGCGUUGUGCUUUUCCUGACACGAUGAAAAGAUCGAGCGUGUGAUUUGCGAUGAUUCGCUGACGUCACCUUCCAAGUGUUGCGUUUGUGUGUCUCCGUUUUUUUUCCAGUUUCUGCAGUGAAUGAGAAUGAAAACGGUGUCAAAACCUCAAUUUCGUGUUUGAAUCCAGAGUUGCCGUGGUGUCAAUGUCCUUUUGUUGGUGUAAAAAAAGCAAAAUGUUGUGCCUAGCAACAGUUGCUAAGGCAAAGCCUCUGGGUCAGUCGGGGGCGUCGUUUAUGGCCCCCACCGAGCGGCCUUCCACGGCAAUGAAAGCACCCACGACCCACUUGAAGGUUUUGGGUUUGAAUAGUUUCUUUUUCCACGAGGACGCGGGCACAGAGAAAAAAGACGCUUGAUCAUUAAAUUCACACGCCUCCGAUGCUGUGUGACACUUCACUUUGGGGGGGUCAAGUAUGCUGGCCCGCGGGGGCAAGCGCAGAAAUGAUCCAAAACCCGCAACACACACAUCAGGAAAAUGCUGCGUAUGAAAAUGCUGCCGUCGCAUAAACGCUGAAAUCACCGGGAAUUUAGCCACGCUACUAUGAAGUUACCCCCGGCUAGCACAACGUUGGGACAGGCCACCAGAAGUUAGCUUGGUUACCUGGAGGUUCACAGGGCUAACAGGAAGUUAUCCAUGCUGCCAGGAGGUUAGCAAAGGUACCAGCAAAGAUAGCCAGGCUAACAGGAAGUUAGCAAUGCUGCCAGGAAGUUAUCAAAAGUACCAGCAAAGAUAGCCAGGCUAACAGGAAGUUAGCAAUGCUGCCAGGAAGUUAGCAAAAGUAGCAGUAAAGAUAGCCAGGUUAACAGGAAGUUAGCAAUGCUGCCAGGAAAUUA